AUGGUUGAGAUCCAUAAGAAGAUCUUGGAAUUCAGAGACCUCGUGGAUCUUGCUUCAUGCAACAGGACUGCUUCUUUACGUGAGAUGAUCAUGAAAACCCUGCAAGAUCUUCAAGGGCUUUACCCAGGUAUCAUACCCAAAAAUGAAGUCUCAAAGAUUAAGGGCAAGCCUACGGACCAGGCUAUGACCUAUUUCUGCAAGGCUUUGAAGUCUCUUGGAGAGUCGUGGAUUAUGCAUAAUGAUUGGAUGAACAAGCUCAAUGUUGUAUUACCAUUGUGUAAAGAUAACAGCAAUAUGCGUGAACUUGGUGAAACCUUGUUGACCACUCUAGAUUCUUUGAUAAAGUUAGCAAGUGAGAAGUUUGACAUAGAGGAAUAUGAGCAUAAGAAAGAGUUCAGCCCACAAUCUAGUUCAUUUGGAAAACAUAUGUUGCGAUCAACCUCCUUCUCAGAUAGCGGCAGCUCUUACUGCUCUCCUCCUGUCACACCAAAAUCUGUUCUUCCAGAGUCGAUGAGACACUCUUCAAGAUCUGGAGAGAGUCCCAGAAGCUCUUGUGGCUCGCCACUUCUUCUGUCUCUCAGAGUUCAAGCUGUGGGAAAGUUGAACCCUAUUGAUGUAAAGCGCUUGUCUUUCCAGAUGUCACCAACAUUCAUCCACAAGAUGGAGCAGGAUUCCACCGGAGAAGUGAAAGUGGAUGACAAGACUUCAAAUGAUGGGAAAGACUCGUUAGAAGAGCUAGUGUUUCACUUGGACCCAACCGAGGAAUUGGAUCCCCAAACUCAACCUUUUGCUAUAAAGGAGUUAAGGCUCUCUCUAUCUCCCAAUCAAACAGAAACUCAACCAAAAUCUCCUAAACAAGAAAAAACACCUCUUCCACAGCAGGAACCAGUACCUGUACAGUCUUCACCUUCCAUUCCACAAUCUCCCCCAUCACCUUCCCCACCAUCUAUGACAAAGAUGAAGACUAUACCACUCCCACCACCUCCUCCUCCACCUCCUGCACCGUCCAAGAUAACAACAAAUGUAACAUCACCACCACAUGUUCUGCAGCCAAAUGUAGCAGUGCCACCAACACCACCUCCACCUCCACCUCUACCAUCAGCACCUAAACUGGAGCAAAGUGAAGCAGCAGUUAGGGUGCUUCCAUCUCCACCACCACCCCCANCACCAUUGCCUCCAAGUUCAGGUUCAGCAACAACUGCUACUCCUCCACCACCACCACCACCAUUGCCUCCAAGUUCAGGUUCAGCAACAACUGCUNCUCCUCCACCACCACCAUUGCCUCCAAGUUCAGGUUCAGCAACAGCCGCCACUCCACCACCUCCACCACCUCCACAAUCCAUUCCCUCAAAAGGCGGACCAGUUCCUGCACCUCCGCCACCCGUGCCAGGUGGUCCAAGAGCAGGUGGCCCUCCGCCACCACCUCCUCUGGGAGGAGGGAGAUCCUUGCGCCCUAAGGCAACUACUAAGUUGAAAAGAUCGGCACAAUUGGGCAACCUGUAUCGAUCUCUAAAGGGAAAAUUGGAAGGGUCUAGCCUGAAUGGAAAAUCUUCUGCUGGGAAAAAAGGUGGCAUUGGAGGAGCAAGCUCCGGAGGGAAACAAGGAAUGGCAGAUGCUCUAGCAGAGAUGACAAAAAGAUCCUCUUACUUCCAACAAAUAGAAGAAGAUGUCCAGAACUACACAAAGCAAAUCUUGGAGCUGAGAUCUACCAUUUCUAAUUUCAAGACAAAAGAUAUGACAGAAUUGGCCAAGUUCCACAAAGAUGUCGAAUCCGUUCUUGAGAAAUUAACUGAUGAAUCACAGGUGCUAUCACGAUUUGAAGGAUUCCCCACAAAGAAGUUGGAAGCUUUAAGAAUGUCAGCAGCACUGUACAAUAAAUUGCACUCAAUACUUACCGAGCUUCAAAAUUGGAAAAUAGUGCCUCCCAUGGCUCAGCAACUGGACAAGGUUGAGCGAUAUUUCAGCAAGAUUAAGACAGAACUAGAUGCUUUGGAAAGAACCAAAGAUGAAGAAUCUAAGAAAUUUAAGAGUCACAACAUCGAAUUUGAUUUCCACAUUCUCGUAAAGAUCAAGGAAGCGUUGGUGGACGUUUCCUCCAACUGCAUGGAGUUAUCACUUAAGGAGAAACGCAACUCUGCUGCUAAUAAAGAUGGACCGAAAAAAGAAGGAGCAUCAUUGCUGUGGAAAGCGUUUCAAUUUGCAUUCCGGGUCUACACCUUCGCUGGUGGCCUUGAUGAUCGUGCUGACAACCUAACAAGAGAAUUGGCACAAGAGAUAGAGAGUGACCCCAACCCUAAACCUAACCAACCAUGA